GGCAUGAUGAUGUAAACAUGGCCGCUCCCACCACGCUGAAAACACCACAAUUCGAUGUCGCCUACUCCAAGAAUUUCGGUUAUGUGUAUACAAAACAGGCAGCAGAAACGAUAAAGGAACACCAUGAAUUGGAUAAAACACUGCGCUUUGUUUCCCUGAAAACGUCCAUACAGUUUGGAACAACCCCUAUCGAUAGAUGCAAGCAUAGAAUCUUAUGGGAGGAAGCACAACCUAGCCACGGUGGAAAAAUUAAGUAUGAUGGCAUACCAUUCAUACACCUCAAUAAGAACAUGUAUGAGUGUGAAUAUGCCAAAGAUCACAAGUUGAAAUCCAAGGUGAAAGCUAAGGAAGCAAGAGCUGAAAAGAGGAUGAGAGAACCAGCAAUUGGAAAUGCACACAAGCCCAGGAACCUAAUACAAGAUACUAAAAAGAAAGAUUGCCAGGCAAAGCUAGUCAUGAAGGAAAUCAUGAAAUUUCCAAACUUUAAGAUUUCAAAGAAUUCUAACUGUGAGAGACGCCGGGGAGCAAAGAGGAUAAACGAUGCUAUCAAAGCCAGUCAUACUAACCUGGGUGAAAGGAGGAUCUAUAUUUACCUACCAGAGGAAAGUGAACAUGAGGGACAUCCUGUUGGCAAGAUCUGUGGAGCCAGACAGAGAGUGGAUCAUCGGAUCAUUGAAUAUAUUCAGCGAAUGGUAGGAGCAGGAGUAACCAGUUUAGCUGAGAUGAAGAUACAUGUCGAGAGGUUUGUCUCUGGAGCUUUGUUCAAUGGCAAACAGAUCCCGGACCUUAGUAACAGAAGAUACUUUCCUGAAGACAGUGAUAUCAGGUAUCACAUGUACACAGCGGAAGGGAAGAAGAAAGCCAAUCAGACUGAUAUUGAAAUGGAUAUUAUGCAAUGGUUAAAAGAUGAUCCUAAUCAACGUUUCUUAUACAGGAGAGGCUCUAAGAAGCUUCAUGGGUCGAAUGGCAACACAAAACAAUUCAAGCAACAACAACAACAACUGAUACCACUUCAGCAAUCAUCAUCAGAUUUUAGUUUCAACCAACACCUGCCACAUCUCCAGACAUCCAGUGAGGCUGCCACACAGCUCCUUCCAAGCCAGCUAGCUCUAUCUUACAGACUGGGUACUGAAGACACAGAGAAGGCACAUUCAGAUCAACAAGAAUACCUCAAUACCAACAAAGAUCUUCAGAGGCUUCCUCCAUCACCAUCACAUCAACAUCAGUUUCAUUCUCAACAUCUACAACAGAUACAACAAGCUUACCACAGCAACUAUAGAGCAAACAAUGAUGCCACAUCCCCUCUGCCAUCACCACCAAUGCCAUCGGUAUCUCAGCAGCAACAUAUGUCAGUACUGCAUCCUCAACACUUGCAAUGCUUCCCACAAGCUCACGCUCAGGGGACAUUAAGACAACAUCAUGAACUCUCUCAGAAUCAAACCUUGAUGACAUCCAGACCAUUACAAGACACACAUCAUCUACAACAAGAAACGUUGCAUCUCAAUCAGCAGAGCCAAUCUAUUCAACAUCAACAAUCCUCAACUCAACUGCAACAAUCUACUCACUCCUCGCAACCACAACCUACGCAAGUACCACAAAGUGUACACCUGCAACAAGCGCAACACAUACCACGAGCGCAACGUACCCAAGUGCAAUACCCUGAACAUGUGAAACUGGCUGUGCCUUUAGGGGAGUCUUUGUUGCUGGUGCACCAAACACUGUGGCAGCAAUACUUGUUGGCAAGAUAUGGAAACGAGUUGUGCAUACUGGAUCCUGUCUUCAGAACUACUGGGUGCUUGGUGCCACUAUUUUUUGUCAUUGUAAAGACAAACUGUGACUACCAGGUUGUAGCAAGUUUUAUAGUGGAAGAAGCUAGGCAGGGGUUGAUUAAUGAGGCCCUGGCUGUUCUCAAGGAGUGGAACCCCUCGUGGCUUCCAGCUAACUUCCUAACUGAUGUUGCACAGGAGGAUUUGAAUGCAGUCCAACAAGCAUUUCCAGGUUACGCUGUUUAUUUCUGUGAUCAUCACCGCCAGUUUGCUUGGGAUCAGUGGCUAAACUCAGAGUCCAGUGAGCUACGAACCAUGAAGCACAGUGUCCAGACCAUGCUUGACCGUAUAGCUAAUGCCUCAACUGAAGGGGAGUACAUGGCAGCCGUUGUCCACCUACAGGGCAGUCAGGCCUGGACAGAGCAUGGUACUCUAAGAGAUUGGCUGGGAAGGUUCUGGCUCCCUAUGCAUCAGAGGUGGGUGAGAGCCUUCCGGCGGCAGUGUUUCAUCAAAGCAGUUAACACCUCAUCUGGGAUAGGUCUUCAAAAUAAAGCCUUCAAAGAAUGCUGUCUGCAAGCUGACAAACAACCCAAACUAUCUCAACUCAUGAACGAUAUCCUCUACAGGUUGCUACCAAAGAACAAAUCUUGGUAUUUCCAAUGUAACUCCAAAGCAGAUGACGGAUGCCGUAAGUAUUGUACCUCCAUACCCAGCUUCCUUCAUAAAAGACCAAGAUGUUUCCUCAAGACAUGUCUACAGCAAUGGAAGGCUGCAAGGAACAUCCAACCAGAUCAUAUCAAACUCCUUGAUGAAAGCUGUGGCAUCUUCCACGUCCAGUCACCCUCGGCAACCAACCUCAUAUCAGACCGCAUCACAGUCAACAUGAUGCAUCCAGAUUGUAGUUGUAAGACAUGGGUAAGAUCAGCCCUGCCUUGUAAACACAUCCUAGCUGUUAUUAUCCAUGACAAUGCAUGGUCUUGGGAGAAACUACCAUCCUCAUACACUCAAUCACCUUACUUUAACAUUGAUUAUGACUUUGUGAAUAAGAUUGUUGGUAACUCCCCCAUCAUAACACCACUAUCAGCACGGGGAGAAGAUGAUCAACCUCGUCUCCAAGAUUCUGAUCAAAGAAUCGUAGCUACCUUGUUUGAUACCAUACCCAUGGAGGAAGGUGGUGCCUUAGAACCAGAUGACAGUAGCAAUGAGACACAUAAUCCCAGUCCAGAUGACAUAUUGGACCAAGACCAGGACCAGGAAAUAGACCAGGCCCCAGUCUUAGUUCUAGGAAGGUGCCAAGCAGUACUGAAGAGACUCCACUCAAAGAUAGCAUUGAUAAAGGAUGAAAAUACAUUCGAGACUGUGCUUUCAUUAUUGAACAAGACAGAGAUUGCCAUAGACAGGUCGAUAGUAAGAAAAACAGUGCCAGACAGCCUCGGCACUAGGCCAAAACGAAGAAAGUUAAAAAGGAUAGGUUCUCAGGAGUAGAGUUGGGAGGUUACAAAGAGUAAAACGUAAUAACAACAACAUCAUCAAAUGAAUUUUGCAUCAUAACAAGAGGACACCUGGUUUGAUGUAUUUGUUUUUAUGAUGUAUGACCAGUCCUAUGUUCUAUUAAUCUAUUUGAUAACAAUAUAUUUAAAUGUUAGGUCACUUCAAGUUUGUUCGUUCGUGUCUCCUUUGAUCAAGAUAGAUAUGUAAAGUUCUUUAAUUAAAAAUUAAAUUAAAUUAAGUUCUUCCAUCGCUCGAUUGCUGCAAUGGCCGUUUCAUUAACAAGGGCCAGGUCUUCAUGUGUGCAACUUCAAGUAAUAACGUUUUAUAAUGAGUACAAAUACGAUCACAGGCAGUUAUGAGUUGAAGUUUUUGGAUGCAUUUUAAUAGACCAGUUCAUAGAUUUUCUGUCAUAAGUUCUAUUCAACUUAAAUAGUGAUGAACAUAUACUGCAUUUUCAUUUAAUUGCACAUCAAAAGUAAUAUUACAGGGUGAAUAUAAACCUAUAUGAUGAUUAUUGUUGUUGUUGUUAUUUAUUAUUAUUGUUAUGGUCAAGACAAAUAUUUGGGUAAAGGGAUGAAAUUGUUUACAAGAAUAUUGUGUAAAAUGUUCUAUUGCUGACUUGUUACAGUUAAAAUUUUGACUUACAGUUACAUUUACAACCAACAAAGCCUGUAUAAGAUUAUGCCUUCUUAUGUUGCAAUAAUGAAAUAAGAAGUGAAGGGCAACUACAUAUGUAGUAGUACAUCAUUAGCAUGUUCAUGAUUAAGCAAAAUUCUGCAAUCCUUAAUAUGAAAUAUUGAAAUGUGACUUUUCAUUCAUAAUUACUCUUCAGUAUAUAACAAAUAAUCUGAGGAAUUCUCAGUCUUACUGUACCUAAGAGGUCGUGUGAACACAAAGGUAUUUGUAUACUAGUGCUGUGGUCAAACGUUUAACCGUACGGUAUCCGACCGUCCAUGGCACUAUCCAUUUUCAAUUGGACGGUUUCGUUUUCCUGUUUUUUGGGGGGGGGAGGGGGUUAAUUUUUUUAUUUUAUUUUUUUUAAAUUUUAUUUUAACAAAAUGUAUUGGAAAUUAAUGACUGGGUUUCACUUUCUUUAUGAAGCUAAUAAAUCAAGUUUUGCCAACAUUAUAGUCAUCAUAAGUAAGCCCUGACUGUUGAAUGUUGAAUUGCAGAGCAACAAUCUACACGAUAACAAUCAAUUGCAAGAUUGUAGAUUGAGAAGUUGACUCGUAUAAGCAAGUUCCCAGCCUUGAAAUACAUGCACAAUACUUCACUGAUGUCAUUUAUUUAACAACAGAAACAAAUGUAAAAAAAAAUAAUAAUUGUUUAACCGAAAAACUGUCGUUUUGACUAGCGGUUAAACGGAAUUGGAAAUAUCUGUGAUGUUAUAACACUAUUGUAUACCCUCUAGUACUCCAGUGCAUAGAGAAAUUUCGCUGUCUAGUUGCACUUUUUUUAGUCCCAACUUUAUUAUUAUUACUGUAGUAAUCGAACAUGAGGAUAAAUGUACCUACAUAAGUUAAAAGUUACUAUGUGUGCUUUCUUCUUUCUUUCUUUCUUUCUUCUUCAUCUUCUGUAUAAAAGAACAAACUUCAGUUUCUAGUCUGAAAAUGGAAUUUAAGAUCCUCCAUUUUUUUUGUUUCUUACCAACAUCUUGAUUCUUAAAGCCUAGUCCAAAUGCACUGGAGAAGUAGUACCAGCUGAAUAGUACAAUUUAUCUAGUAACCAAAUAAAUUAUAAGCCACAACACUCUUUGAUACCCUGAUGUACUUUUACAGAGAGUAAAACCUGCCACUCAUUAUAGGUUCAGAAAUCUUGGAAAAUACAGUUGUUGUUGUUGUUUUUGACAUAUAUGUUAUUAUCAUGAAACCCAUUUGUGAAAUGGUCUACUAAUGAUUAUCUUGGGAGUUGUCGGUGCAGUAUUAUAUAUAUAUAUAUAUAAUUAUAUUAUAACUUAGUAUUUAUGUUGAACUGAGAAAAGUAUUUACAGAGAUGAAUCUUGCCAAUAAACAGUACUCUAUCUAAACAA